UUUGCGCAUACAUAUCGAUCUCAGUUUCACUUCUCGUACUACGUUGAAGUUCAGAGCCGCGCUGAGCGCUUUCAUUGCCGAGUGUCAAGUUCAGGAUAAGAAGUAAUUGAUUGACAAUUGUACCGACGUCAGAUAAUCACCGGGAUAAUCUUCUUGAGAACUUCGUCUAUUUUAGACAGUUGACAUGUGAUGCAUGAAGUGAAGUCCUCAAGCAUGAAGUAUAGCCUACCUUCAUGUACUGUACAGCUGUGCCAAUGCGUAUUCUCAAAAUUCUCUAAGUUUAAUCACAGCCGAGGACAUGUGGUCGAGGAGUGGAAAAAGCGAUCCUGAAACAGUCCUAGCACCAAUUUCAGACUUCAACAGAAGCAUCCAUCUGACUACUUUGUUAAAGGACAAAUCCUUGAGAGAAUCUUAUGCAACCGCCCAGACGGACGGUCAGCUACCUGCCAACCGAGCGCGAGUCCUGAUCCUCGGCGAACCUCGUGCCGGCAAGACCAGCUUACUAAACCGGCUCCUGGACAGAGAGUUUGACGUUCGGGAACAGCCGACCGAGGGGAUUGACACGCGCAUGUGUCAAGUGACUAACGUGGACAAGCAGUGGAAAGAGACAGGUGGUGCCAAGUCAGACGAUAUACAACACUGUGCCUCCUUGGUGACCGUGCUUGGAGAGGUUUCGUCGGCUUAUGGAACAACAGAAUCGAAAGAAGUGGGAGGAAAUAACAAGGACACCCCCACAAAACCACGCACACAACUUGACUUAUUAAAACUAGGAUUGGAACUGUUUUGCUUGUUCCUUGUUGUGUUUGUAUUUGAGGUAUUCCAGUAUGGUUACGUGGCAUUUGUGUGGUGUACUUUCGUUGCACUUUCAUUGAUGAACAACUACAACUUUGCCUAUCGGUUUGCAACAUACGUCUCCUUGUUUUGUGUUCUCUUUGACGCAGUGCUUCGACGUGAGAGAUUGUUGGAAGAAUCGAGCGGUGAGGAGUGUGCAGACGAUCUUCAAAACCGGACAAUUUGGCCUGCUCUUGGGAACAUGAUGUUCGACUCGGUUAAUUACGUUAUACUGGGUGCAGCCACCGGUUUCGGUUGCCGUACGGGCGUCGCAGUUGCUUUCUCAGCGAGUGUUCAUCCUGCAGAGACUGAGGCUACAAGGGGAGUCGAAGGUGGGAAAUGGGACAGGUUGGUGCUGACUUUGAUAUCAGGUGCAGGAGCACUCCUGGGUGUUGGGUUCUAUAUAUUUUGUACAUUCAGUGACCGGUGGCAUAAGUAUAGAGCUGCCCUUUGCUGUGGUUUGUUGGCGUUAAUUCUGGCACUAAGCUCUGAAGGAGAUUGCAGACACAGACGCUUUUGGUUCCUCUUUCUGAAUGGUAUCGUGGUAUCAGCUCAAUCAACAUGGGGAACUAUUCUCGGCCGGAGGGUUUCCCAUAAGUAUGGACUCAGAGCCAGUUACGUGUCAAAGAAAGUUGCAGGUCUCAUCUUCGGCCUAUACCUGUCAUACGUCUGUGGUUGGACGAUGCGAAUACCUGGCCGUAGUUUGUCGUGCGUGGCACUCUACAUACUUUCUGUCCUCUCGCUACCCUUGUUUGAUCUUCACAACACCUUCAAGAUCUGGCGAGCAAAGUCAACCUUCCCCGUGAAGCUUAUCCGUGAGCAGAUGAAAUCUGUCCUUCAAGGAAAGCCGGUCUUAGAAACCAAACUGAGUCUGUGGGACUUUGCUGGGGACACACUGUACCACUGUACGCAUCACAUCUUCAUGCCUGACAGAGCUCUGUAUGUGAUCGUCUUCAACCUCCAGGCCGCUGUUUCUGACGAGGAAGGACAGCUACAGAAACUUCUCUUUUGGUUACAUUCAGUCUGUGCGCAUGCGCGUCACCCAGACGCUGUUGUCAUCAUUGUCGGCACCCACAAAGAGAGCGUUUCUGAGGCAAGCAGGACGCGUAUCACUAAUGAACUUCACCGUAGAAUUGCUUCUCCAUUUUGCCACCGACUUGUUGUGAACUCACUGAACGACAAACCGUUGUUCCUUGUAGAGAAUUCGCAACCUGUUGACGAAGAUUUCAAGCAGUUACGAGGCGAAAUUUUCAGACGAGUUGAGAGUGCCGAGUACGCCCAGGAAAAAUAUCCCAUUAAGUACCUGCACUUUUAUCGCGAGAUUCAGAAACACCGAAAACGGGCAGAGAAGGAUUGUGCAGCUAACGUGGUGACCGUGGACCAAAUAGGAGACCUUGCCAUGAAUACCUGCGAUAUUACGAAAGACGACGACUUGGAGAGUAUGCUGAAAUUUUUCUGCGAAGCUGGAGAAAUCAUCCACAAAAAUAACGACAACGUCUUGCAUGAUUAUGUUGUCUUGGAUCCUCAGUUCCUAGUUGAUGUCAUGAAGAAACUUGUACACAUUCCACGUGCUUCUAGAAGAUCGCAUCGCUUUGCUGUUGAUUGGAUAAAUUAUGAAAACAGUGGAAUCAUCACUGAAGGUCUCCUGCAACAUAUUUACGGCGACAUGUGCCAUCUUGUGCCACUCCUGACCAAGCUUCUUCAGGCCUAUGACCUCAUGUGUCCCGUGACGCCUGAUUUAAAUCCUGACAGCUCGCAGAAGUCCUUUUUAGUACCAGCUAUGCUGCCUCCUUAUCGGGGUGAGCCGACAGAGUUCUGGAAGCCAACGAAAAAAGAUGAGGUCUUUUAUUUUGAUUUUGGCUUCUUUGAUCCCAGCACUGUCUACUACCGUUUGCUGACCCGCUGUGUGGUGAAAGCAAGCCAGGACAACACAAAGUUUGGCUCUUUGCCAAUGAGUUUUGCAGACAGAAGCCGCUUCUACUUUGGGUCAAGUUGCAUCUUCAAGCUUCAGUUGGAAAAGUCCUCCCAUCAGAUGCUUCUGUCAGUGACUGUCUUGGCAUUCGAGCCGGAAAAUCCGAGCACCAACCUUCUUAAGGACCUCUUGGAGUUCAUCAGGAGCAUUACCGCCCGAGACUACCCCCAGCUGUCCUUUAUAUUCGGUCCUCGCUGUCCUUACUGCGGGCCUGAACUCGAUUUUGGCACCUCGAACGAAGACAUCUUUGGAGGCAAAUGUGGAAACAGUACUUUGGAUGGGGCAAAAAUCCACGUCCUAAAGAUGGCUGGGCACGAUCUGCCUUUCCCAACUGUGUCACCGGUACCUCUAUUCUGCGGACAACACAGAUACGAAUUGAGGCUACCUGAGUGUAAACCAAGUGAUGCAAGCCAUGGUCGCACCACUCGUCCCCGACGGGUGUCAUUUGGCCCAGGGACCGUCAUCACCAAACUACCACCCGACAUCUUUGAAAGGGUGUGCUUACUUCUGAACAACGCAGCAAUGAUCAGAAACUGGAAAACUCUGGCAGGCGAGUUGGGUAAAGACGUGGAAUCUGUAGUGGCAUUGGACAGCGAGAAGGUCAGCAAUCCAACUGAGUGUCUGCUGCGAGAGUGGGCUGCGAUUGGUGGUGAAGUGACGGUGGGCGACUUGCUAGAAGUACUUGGUAGACCAUCGCUUGAGCGGAUGGAUAUCAUACACGAAAUACGCACCCAAAUGACAUCAGAAUAAGGAUGGCACGUGGAGCUGCUUCUGAGAUGCUUUCUCACCAGACAGACACAGUUGCCAACUUCAACAAUUUGUGCAGUUUACUAGCACAUUUAAGCUUAUCAGUGUAUUUUAGAUUUUAAGCUGUUUAAAUACACAGAUAUCACAUUUUUCCUAUUAGGUGUAGUGAUAUGGAAUUGUAUAAUACUAGCGGCUGGGGCCGAGUCUAUGGUGCCAGCGUGCUAUUUUUAGUUACAUCUACCCGGCAUUAGAGAAUUCAAUGUUUUACAAUGUAUAAGAUUGGGACUGGAAGAGGCGCGGGAAGAAAAUGGUGAGAAGAGUGUGUGGAAGGAGGAUGACGGAAAGGAGGAGAAUAAACAGGGAUUGACUGGUCCUUCCAGAAGGAAAUUUUGAGCCUGUGCAAGACUUCUCAUUUUGAGUCUGUUAUAUAGGUCAACUCCCUGAAAAGGCCAUCUGUUAUUUGCCAUGUUAGUGCAUAAUACGGUAAAACGUACUAAUUAACACGGUGAUCGGGAUAAUGACAUUACAGAGGUAACAGCAACGUUUUUAAAGAUGGUAAGGAAAACUGAUUACUACUCAUAAACAUUUGGCCAAAAGUGGCCGUUUUUCUGAAAUUUUGAAGCAAUUGGUAUCGACAAAAUACAGUGUAGAAUUUACUAAUGAGCGUUAAAUCGUGAUCUCUCCUUUACUAAUAAUCCUCGUUUUGCUUGUGUCUGAAGAAUAAAUUAUAUAAUUCUGAUAUAUCUGUCAUCGGCAAGGUGAGAAACAAUUGAACACAUCCAUUUUUUACUGCUGGAUCCACUUGAGUAGUUUAAGUCAGUGCUUUCCCCCUAAAUCUCCUUUUGACUCCAUAUUGACUCUUACCUUUAGUCUCAACUUAGGCCGAUUGUGUAAUUCGACCUCCAGAAUCAGAAGCCAUUACUGCAGGGGCACAAUGCUCUUGCGUUACAUGCCUCUUGGUCCAACAGGGUGUCGUGAUUUGCCAAAUGCACGUGCGCAUCAAGCUGAAGAAUGUGCGUGUGAGUGCGCUACCAUCAUUGAUCUCCAUUAUAGACUAAAUAGGACAUCGAGCAUUGUUUGCGCACAAAAUGCGCGGCCGAACAAUGGCGGCGCUUCAGGAGGGUAAUGUGAUGCUGUAUGCUGUGCA